CACCAUUCCUUUCGCGCAGACGAAGCCCUAAAGCAGACUACACGGAAAGAUUUUACUUUUGUGCGCUGGGUACUAUCCAGUGCACCAGUUUGGUACUUGCAUGAAAUUUCACGGAAUGUUUUCGAGGGUUACUUUUUAUCCCUCGUUAAUAUAUAAUGUCGUCAUGGAACGUGUGUCAACGAGGCGGUGGUACGACCGCAUUGACGAUACCGUUAUCCUCGGAGCACUGCCUUUCCGGAGCAUCACGCCAAAGUUGCUCGAAGAAGAAAACGUGCGAGGGGUCGUGUCAAUGAACGAAGACUUCGAGCUACGAUAUUGGGUCACGAGUAAGGAAGAGUGGGAGAAAUGUGGCGUCAAGUUCCUCCAGUUGAGCACUACGGACAUCUUUGAGACACCCUGUCAAGAAAAGCUCCAACGAGGCGUGCAGUUCAUUCAAAGUUUUGAAGGCACGGGCCACUCUGUCUACGUUCACUGCAAGGCUGGCAGGACGCGCAGUGCGACACUUGUUGGCUGCUACCUGAUGCAGCGGUACCAGUGGACGCCACAAAAGACCGUGGAUCUCCUGCGUCAGAAACGCCCCCACAUAUUGCUGCACUAUGCCCAAUGGGAGGCGCUGCACACCUACUUCAACAAAAAUGUUGCCGCCACUCUGGAAUCGGGUGACCCUCCAGUCAUCAGCAGCAGUCCCGGCUAAUCUCAGGCUUCGCUUGCCAUUGCCACUCAUUGCAUAUUUGUGUUUUACAAUGUGCCUCUAGAUAACUCUAGGGCUGGAAGUGUUGUGAUGCUGCAGUUCUUCCAGCCCCUGUAUUUAUAUUUCUGUUGCCCACACGAGGAAGGCGAAGCUCUGGCUUCUGAUGUGCUAGACAAUGCUGUUAAACCCUCCUCUUCUCUCUAAGGUACCUACUCCCACCCAUAUCUGCAGUGGCAGCUGCAGAUAUGUGUGAAGCACAUGCAGACAUAGUGUUGCAUAAUCUGUGUUGGGUGUCUGAAGUAACUGCUUUGUUGCUGAGAAUCACUUGUUCAAUGUAAGAAACUAGCAUAAGAAAGAUGAGGGCAGCAGUAAAAAAUGGCGACAGGACUCGCCGAAUUCGCUCGGUGGCUAUGGUGUUCUGCCACUGAGCACGAGGUCGCGGGUUCGAUUCCCAGCUGCGGCGGUUGCAUUCCGAUGGGGGUGAAAUUUAGAAGAAAAAUACUAAUGUUUUUAGGGUUAUGUGCAUGUUAAGGAACCCCAGGUGAUCAGAAGUAAUCUGGAGCUCUCCAUUACGGCAUCCUUCAUAACCUGCUGCGCAGUUUCGGGACGUUUAAUCCCAAAAUUUAAUUUAAGAAAGUGACAGGACAAAUGCUGCACUUGCAACUGUUAGUUUAUUCAAAGGAAACUGCGAGCUAACACUUUAUGCGUGCACCAGACCACUGCAACGGCAUUUGAUUUAAUCAAAAACUGGAUGUCGCUUUAGAUGCUCGUCUUCUUUAUCACUGAGAAUAACAGGUGGAGCACUGACACAUUAUACAGAGCCAUAUUUUUUAAUUCAGUAUGCUUCCAGAAGCUCUUGUUUCAGUGCUGUCCUUUCCCUUCUCUCUUUUGUGCUAGUUUCAUAUCUUCAGUAACAUGACCCUUAAACUAGAAAGGCUAUAUGCUAAGUUAAGAGUAAUUGUCGGUCACAAGUAGGAGUGAGAGUUAAACUACGGAAUUGUCAAUAAAGCAAUCGUAAAGCUGG